UGCACUAUCUACUACCCACCACUCAUCCUCAAGCUGAAAAAGCAUCAAGCGAAACUACCGAUCAAACAUCCAGAGACAAGACUCGAGCAGGGAAUCCAACGGGAAAAGAUGGCAGACUCGAAAGCGAAAGGAGGUGCUUAUGGCGACAACUCGAACGAUUACCGCCGUAAAUGGGACAAGGAGGAAUACCUAGCGAAAUCCAAAGCCCAAGAUGCCGCCGCACAGGAAUACGCACAGGCAGCUCAAGCUGCCCAAGCGGCGGGCAAGAAACCUCCUCCUCGGCCCCGUGCAGGAGAUGCCAAUAUGGGGCCUAAGCCGACCAAGGCUCUGGAGGCGAGGGAAGAGGAUCUGGGGAUAGAGAAGAAUUUGGGGAAGAGCAUGUUGGUUGCUGCUGGUGGGAAGGGACCGGGGGCCGGGUUUUAUUGCGAAAUGUGUCGACGGACGUUGAAAGACAGUAUAGCGUACCUCGAUCACGUGAAUGGACGGAGCCACCUCGCCCGACUCGGCCAGACCACCCAAGUUCGCCGCUCAACGGUCGCCCAAGUCCGGGCACGUAUCGAUCUCCUUCGAGCCCAAUCCCAGUCCAAAAUCACCAGCAAGAAUUUCGACUUUGAAUCCCGCCUGAAGCUGGUCGUCCAGGAAGAAGAAGCUCGACGGAAAGAGAAGAAGGAGGGCAAGAAGCGGAAACGCGAAGAGGCGCGAUUGAAGGCCAGCACGGGGCAAGACGAGGAUGACGAGGGGGUCAAGAGGACCAAGGGAGCGUUUGGAAACGCGAAAAAGGAGCAAGAGGAGGAGGAUAGGAAGCGGGAAGAGGAGAGGCAGUUUGAAGCGAUGAUGGGAUUUUCGGGCGGGUUUGGGGGUGGGGUCAAGAAGCGGUGAAAGGGCGUCCAAUACCCGGAUUGCAUUUAGCGUUGUAUAGAAUACAGAGAUCGAUCAUGAAUCAAUAAUGUUCACCCUG